CUUAACUUGUUUUGCCUAUGGCUUCGUCUCCGCGGUUCAACUUCUUCUUCUUCGUAGGCGUACUCUCUGUCUGCAGCUCACAGCAGUUCACUCCGUUUUCCGGAUUUCUCCACCGCACCCGCGAUACCACUUACGAGGACUACGCCUCCACACCCGUUCGGGUACGAGUACGCCCUUCUGGAGAUCAAGAAGCAUAAUUGGACAUGUACGGCGGAGUCGCUUCUCCGGCUUCGGUCCGCUCGUACUUCUCCAACAGCGGUUUCACCGACUGCAUCCUCUUCGACGAGCAGCCCUCGGUCCACCUUCUCAACCUGACGAAGGAGGAGAAGACGCCUCCGCCCGAGGAGGAAGAAGCCGGUCUCCCGGAUCUGGGCAGCGCCGGCGGCGGCACCCAAGGGGAACCUGAGGCUGACUCUCUCUUCGAUUUCCACCGGGCCAUUGUGCGCAUCAGCGUGGUCGGCGGCAGGCAGCAUGAGAUGCGGCUAGCUUGGAAAUUGGUCGGGGACAAGUGGUGCCUGUACUACCAGCGGGCGCGGCCCUUCCUGAACUUCCUCGUGGGAUGGUAUUCAGGUUCACUCUUUGGUACGGCCGAGGGUAGGCUGGGGAGGAACGCCAAGGAGGUCGCCUCUGGAGGUGAGGUCGCUGAGAGCCACCCUUACUCGGAGGAGUACGGGCAGAUGGGCACCAGCAGCAAGGUAACGGACCCCUUUCUCGGCAGCUACCGCCGGGCCGCGUACCAGCGCGCCAUCCAGCGAAGCGGGGCCGAAGAGUCGACGUCCCCGAAUUGUGGGCGCCGGCGGAUAUCGUCGAGCCCGGCAACGAGUCGGCCGAGAGGUGCUACAACAACUUCAUCACUCCGCACUCCGAGACGUCGCCGCCUGGCUGGGGAAAGUACAUCUUCUUUGGUGGGCCCGGAGGCGAGUACUGCAAUCGAGAGGUCUACCCUUCGUGUCUGGCGUUGGAGUGUCCCCCGUGCUGCAUCAUCAGGGCCAUGUGUCCAGACAACCGCCGGUACACUGAUGAGACACCCCUCGGCGACGAACCCUUAUGCUGUCCUGUGAAUGCUAGGGAGUCCAAUGCUGACUGUCGGCGGCGGAGGGACGAGUGUCGGGACCACGGAUGCAGAACACACUGGCAGUGAUUGGAAUGAGUACGUACAGGAGUCGUCGGUAAUUUUCCAGAAGAGAUCCCCACACCAAUAUAGCAUUAGUAUCUUCUGCUUCGUUGUAUACUUCUAUCGGAGCUGUGGAAAGGAUAGAGCCCAAUCAUUACGCGGGUUAAGAUCUACGAUUGUG